CGAAAAAGCCUCGACAGCACAAUACAAAGGACAAUCACAGGUUUUCCCUUUUCACAUACAUCACAACAGAAGAAAAAUAAAACACGCAAUUCAUUGCAUUAAUCACCUCAGUGAUGUCUGUGUGUCAGCACAAGAGGGCUAUUAAAUGCCUCUCUCCUCAAUAGUUCACAUCACUUUGUUGUUGAAAAAGAGCAAGACCAUAACUCUUCCCAGGGUGUCGGAGGUGUUCACAGAUAAUAAGUCAUCGGUGAAAGAAAAAAAUCCCAGAAUGAAGCCACUGCCAAGGCUGCUCUGGACCCUGCAAACCGUGCUGUUGAUUUUACAAGCUUCAUAUGGACAGAAUCUAACGCCUAAAGAAGUGAUAGCCAUUGCUACAAAACUUACUACACCCUUCAUGGAAAGAAAAUUGGCAGCGGAAAGUUUCACAACUAGGGCCACUGACAGACUGAUGGAUGGCUUGAAUGACGUCACCGCGCUCUUGGAUUCGACCCAUGCAGAACUCACAGGAACCGUGAAGGACGCUGCAGCACAGGCAAAAAUGGCGAGAAAGGGCAUGGAGAGGGUAGUGUUCGAUGUCACCAAUAUCGAGGAACAUCUGAAUCAACUUCAUAGCACUUGUCCGGCAGGCCCUUACUAUUUGAACUUGGAAAAACUUGAUUUCCUCACGGUUUGCCGGACCAUUGCUAGGGGAGUGGAGAGACAACGUUUAGCGGCCCUGCAGGACCGGUUGACAAAGGCUGGGAAGGCGUCCAGAUUUGUCACCGACUCCACUCGUCAUGUGCGAGGCCUGCAAAGCGUCACAUCCGACCUGAGGUCGCUGGUGGGCCGCGCUGAGGUGGUACUGGGAUCCCUGCCACAAGUGGUGAAGAAAGUCACGGGAGUUUCCGCUUGUGUCAGCGCCGUCGGGUGUGAGUGAGGAAUAAUAUAAUGCCUGAAAUAUAAAAGUAUUGAGAUAAGCUCUCUGGCAUUUGUUGUUGUUGUUGUUGCUGUUGUUGUUGUUGUUGUUGCUGUUAGUAAAGCUUUUUAUUGAUGUUGAUGUUGGUGAUGUAGCUGUGUUGUAGGGGUUUUUUUUGGUCGUUGUUUUACUGCUACUGAUAGUGACGUUGUUUUUGUUCGUGCAUCUUCGAGUACGUAUGCGUACGCACGGAACACAGUUUUCAUUUUAAAGUUGGUGGCUUAAUUCUUAUUCUUCUUUUAUGUGAAGGCACUUAUCGGAUGAAGGAAAAAGUAACAAAGAAAAAUUAUAAGAAAAACAUUAUGGAUUUGCAAAAUUUUGUAAAUAUACAUUCACGUAAAUUACGGUUUAUGGAAAGAACGUUGGAAAUACCCUUUGCUCAGUCAUUCUGUUUCGUCUCUUGCAUUGCCUUUUAAUAAUAUGAUGUCUUGAAGAUGAUACCUACUGUCAGAUAUUAUAGAUUCUCUAGAAAACCCUCCACGUGUGUUGUGCUCGCCUUGAUUAAUUGUGUACGUCCCUCUUAUGUGCAUGAAAUUAUCUGUUUGGGAAAAAAAUGGCUAGUAGCGUUUGAUUUUCAACUUGCUUUCAAAACAGCAUACAUAAUCAUCUCAUAGCGAUAUUUUGAACAAUAUUGUUGUCUAGGUCACUUGCUCAUGCAUUCAGAAUAAACUUUGAGAACAAGGGUGAAUCUUGGUGAAAAAACCCACAAA